ACGUUGACACCCCUUCCUCCCCCACAGAGGUCAUCGGCCUCCCUUCCUGCCUCUCGUUGUGUAUUCAGACUUCAGAUCAUCCCUACGCCACAAAGAGCUUCUUCUCCUCAACUCACCACCGGACACCAUGUUUUGUUUUGGUGAACUGUCGCUCGGCGUGCUGUUUUUGCAUCUGGCCACCGCUCACGUGUUCCUGGGCACCGAAGAGGCCAGUCAAGUGUUGAUACGGCCCAGACGAGCCAACAAAUUCUUUGAAGAGCUCAAGCAAGGCGACAUGGAGCGCGAGUGUCGGGAGGAACGCUGCAGUUGGGAGGAGGCGCGGGAGAUUUUUGAAGAUGCAGCUAAAACUGACAGAUUCUGGGCCACAUACUUUGAUGGGGACGCUUGUCUUUCAACGCCCUGCGCUCACAGGGGACGUUGUGAAGACGGCAUCGGCAGUUACACCUGCUACUGUUACGAAGGCUACCAGGGUUUCAAUUGUGAAAUUGCUAUUCCUCAGCUCUGCGAGAACCAAAACGGAGGUUGCCAGCACUUCUGCAAGGUGGAGCAAGGAAACAUUGAAUGCUCAUGUGCUGACGGAUAUUUCCUGGCUAAUGAUGACAAAUCCUGUGAAUCUAAUGAGCCCUUCAAAUGUGGCGUCACAAUCACUGGCAAAACCAGGACCAGUUUCAGGUACCAGCGCCCGAACAUCACAGAGGGAAAUGUCACCGAGUUCAACCAGACCCACGUUGAAAGCAAUGACACGGCCGCUGCCAGCCUGACGGAGGGCUCACCUCAUGGCAACCUCACCAGCGAAGAAAUGGUGCAGGAAUCGGUGGAGGAGGAAGAAGUCUUCUCUGAUGUAGUGGGAAUGACCCGUAUCGUCAAUGGCGAGAACUGUGCGUCCGAAGAAUGCCCGUGGCAGGCACUUCUCCUCGAUGAAAACGACAAAGGGUUUUGUGGCGGCACCAUCCUCAACGAAUACAUCAUCUUAACGGCGGCGCACUGCAUGAACCACACGUCUUAUAUCUCUGUGAGGCUGGGUGAGUUUGAUUUAUUGGCCGAUGAUGGGAAUGAAGCCACUUACUACCUGGAGACUGCGCUAACCCACAAGCUGUACCGCUCGGACACUUUCCACAACGACAUCGCGCUCCUCAAACUGGCCUCCCCCAUCAAGUUCUCCAGGCACAUCCUGCCAGCCUGCCUGCCCGAGCCGGAUUUUGCUGAGAAGGUGCUCAUGAAGCAGCAAGACGGCAUGGUGAGCGGUUUUGGACGUCUUGGCCAAAAUCUGCCAACAUCCACCAUCCUGCAGCGUCUCUCUGUACCUUAUGUGCCCCAACAGACUUGUAAAGAAUCGAGCAGUUUCCGUAUUUCUGCACACAUGUUCUGCGCAGGCUAUGACAAAAAAGCGAUGGAUUCAUGCCGAGGGGACAGCGGCGGCCCGCACGUUACGGCAUACAAAAACACCCAUUUUAUCACGGGGAUUGUGAGCUGGGGCGAAGGUUGCGCAAAGGAAGGCAAAUACGGCGUCUACACUCAAGUCAGCAAAUUCAUCAAAUGGAUCCGCACCGCCAUGAAGGUGCUGUUGCGCAAAGAGAAGAGCGGGGGCAGGGCGAGGAGGCAAGGCCAACCAUUCAGAAGGAUGUAUUUCUGAGACGGCCACGCAAAUUCCCCACGGACGUGGAGACAAGUCGCAAAGUCAUGCCGUUUGUCUGCGAGACAAAAGCUUUUCAAUGUGUGUAUUUUUCAAAGCCUCUAAAUAAACACUACAACGCAG